UCGUCUGCAGACAUUACAGUUUCAUCAUGAGCAAAGGCUGAGGUUGGCCCUUGGCCAAAUAAAUGGUGAAUAAUUAAAUUGUAUAUAAAGACAAAUAUUUAUCAUUCAAUUCUCAACGUAUUAGAAAGAUUGCUGUGCAAUUUGCGAAGUGGUUCAACUCAAAUUGACAAAAGACGAGCUAUUGUGAUGACACGAAACAACCCCACGCAAUGAUGGAGAAUUAGCAGAGUUGGACACUGCGUGGUGACUAUUUUGGAUUGGGAUUAGUGUGUUAUUGUUUUAGCGAUGAAUAGUCAGAGCUUCACAUUAGCUGAGCGUUUGAUUCCGGCCACCUACCUCCAGCAAGCGGCUUCGUCGAAAAAAGCCCGCGAGAAUCUAAUCAGGUUACUCAUAGAACAGCGUAAAUGGCCGGAAGAAGGCUGGGACGAUGCGACGAUUGAACUGUUUCUGGCCGACCUGGCUCAAAUGGAUAGCAACAACUUCCCCGGCAAUUGCGGCAUUGGCGAGCGGGAAGCACGAUUCGCGUCCGCGCUGGUAGCAAGACGCCAUUACAGAAUGGGCCACGGUAUUGGCCGGUCGGGGGACAUAGGCGAGGUUCAACCCAAGGCAGCCGGCUCCAGUCUCCUUAUUAAGCUAGCUAACGCACUACUACUCGAUACUAUUAGGUUUAUGGGUGUUAAUAAUUCGGCCGGCUGUUUUAUGAUCCCGAUGGCGACUGGGAUGAGCCUUGUGCUGUGUAUGCUGACGAUGAAGCAAGAACGACCCGGAGCCAAGUUUGUGCUCUGGUCACGCAUCGACCAAAAGUCCUGUUUCAAGUGCAUUAUUACUGCUGGCCUGCAGCCAAUCAUAAUCGAGACAGUGGUGGUGGGGGAGGAGCUGCGCACAGACACACAGGCCCUGGAGACGCAGAUGGCUACCCUGGGCUCGGACAACAUCGUGUGUGUGCUCUCCACAACCAGCUGUUUCGCGCCGAGAGCGGCAGACAGCUUGGAGCAGAUUGCGCUGCUCUGCAGUCGAUACAACAUUCCGCAUCUCGUCAACAACGCUUACGGCCUGCAGAGCACCAGGCUUAUGCAUCUCAUACAGGAGGCGGCUAGGAAAGGGAGAGUCGAUGCCUUCGUUCAGAGCACUGACAAAAAUUUCCUAGUUCCGGUUGGAGGUGCCGUCAUUUCUGGUUUUGAAAAAGGACUGCUCGAAAAAAUUGCAAAAAAUUAUCCAGGCAGAGCAUCGGCGUCGCCAGCGAUGGACGUGUUUGUGACGCUGCUGUCGCUGGGCGUGAAUGGCUACAAGCAGCUGAUUGGCCAACGCAAGGAGAUGUACAAGUAUCUGAAGGAGGAGCUGGCCAAGGUGGCGCACAAACACCAGGAGCGGCUGCUCGACACCAAGAACAAUCCCAUCUCUAUAGCGAUGACACUGACUUCACUGACUGGCGGCGACAGCAAGCGCAUUUCAAUGCUGGGCUCGAUGCUGUUUCUGCGCUGUGUGUCCGGUACAAGGGUUAUCACCGGCGUUGAGCUCAAAGAGGUUGCCGGCUACAAGUUUGAAGGGUGGGGCGCGCACUACUCCAACUACCCGACACCCUACCUGACGGCGGCGGCCACUCUGGGCAUGCGCAAGUCCGACGUGGACCUGUUUACGCAUCGGCUGGACAAAGCGCUGAACAAGCUGAAGGGACGCUCACAACCUGCCACGCCCACAUCUGUCGAAGAACUGACGACGAUGAGUGGCGGGGGUCGCAGGUCGGCGGGAGGGGGAAGCAGUCGCAGCGGCGCAUGCGCGGCGAGGGGCGGCGAUGGAGGGGAGGGCCCCAGCAGCAGGAGCGGUGGUGGGGGGAGCGCUAUCAAUGGGGAGGGUGGUGGCGGGGCGGGUGCGGAAGGCAGCAGUGCGGGAACCUCGUUGGCAAGUAGUAAGGAUAGUUUGCGCAAGUGAUGAUAGGCGGUGGACGGGUGUCCACGAGUGUCCAAGGUGGGCUGGUAGCUGAUCAGAGUGUAGCUAAUAAUGCCAGUGCCAGUGUUCACACAUUGCCAGAAAGUUCGGCUGAAAAAUACUGUAGUUUCUGUAGUUUUAUCUGCUGCUCUUUUAUGGCCUAUGAAAACAAUACUACUUAAUAACUAUAACUAUUGACAAUAUGAAUAAAUGAAUUUAUUUCCUACAAUAAAAAUAUUUACAAUUGGACAAUGAACAAUUCCAUUCAAACAUUAAUUGAAUUUGAGGUUAUACAAAGCUGACUUUCAAAUCAGCUGAAUCUGAAAUAGAUAAGAACACCAUGGCUGUCUGUUCUACUUUUUCACAGUAAUUUUUUUCUAAACGGUUCACAGAUAGUGAUGUUCACAAUAGUGGUAGCUCAAAAAUGGAACAUUGUUUUGAUAGGCCUUAUAAGAAUGGCAGGAAAAUGACAGAAACAGUUUGUGUUUCAGACUGUCUGUUUUUCCUGUCAAACGUUCUAUGUGUUGAAACACUCCUAUAAAAACUGAUAGUACUCUUUUUCUGUCAUAUUAAGCAGAAUUUAUGGGAAAGCACCCCUUUAGUUAGUCUUAACUUUUGAGAUUAUACAGCUAUACAUUUUGAAAAAGCUAAAAGUCAAACAUCUUGAAAAUUUUUGAAAGAUAAAUUGUUUGCUACCUCCAGCAAAACUAUCACCCUGGUAUACCAGCCCACCACUAAAUUACUACAAAUAGAUACAUUAUGUCUAGUGAAUACUGUCGGCUAUAAGGUCGCAUGCCACAUGCAUAGGCGCACGUAAGAGGCAUGCCUCAAGGGGCAAGUGGAAAGGCAAGCUGCACUAGUGUAUGGAAUGAACAUUUUCAAUAGUUGGAAAUUGUUGUGGGCUGACUUUGAAGUUGAAAUAUGGACAAAUAUCUGAUAUUGCCAACGUAUUUUCAUCGUCGCACUGAGGCAAAGUGAGGAAUGGUUUUUGAUUAAUUUUGUUUGAGAUUAAUUAAUUUUUGGAGAAGAUCACCUCUGAUUGACUUGAUUUCAAGAAAAAACUAAAGCUUCACUUAACUGCUAAUUAGCUGAGCUUUAUUUUAAAUUGCUUUUUGAAAAGAAACUAAAGCUAUAUUAAACUUAUAAUUGCAGAGCUUUAGUCCAAAUUGCUUUUUGGAAGUGCUGUAUUGUAAUGAACAUUUCUAUUAUUGUAGUUGUUGUUUAUUACUUUCAACUGGAGCUAGAACAGAUCUAGAUUGUAGAUUGCUCUUCAAGUUGCAUCAAUCUAUUCUUCUACUGGCUCACAACGACUAGAUUGCUUUAAGCAACAUCCAAAUACGGGUCUCGCACAGUUUAAAGUCUUAGGUAAUAAUGCUACUUCAAAUAAAUCAUGGAAGUUUAGAACUGAUAUUAUGGAACCACUCCCUCAAGUAAAUUUGUGUGUUGCCUUUUUCUGUAGAAAACACGAAAUAUUUCUGCUGAGGAUGAUGAAUAUUAUUAAAACAAUUUUCUUAAUGAAAACAAGACACAUUCCUCGCUUAGCUUCAGUUGGAUGCCAACAGUGUGUGUUAGAUAAAGCCGAUUGCACAAAUAGAACAAACGCUGAUCAUCUGAGAUCAAAACUUGAUUGACGAUUAAAAUUGGCUCGCUUCGCACGUUGUUGUGUUGACAAUUUUAGAAUUAUGCUGCUCAUCGUCAUCAUAAUCAUCAUCAUCGUCGUCGUCGUCAUACACUUGUCAUCAUCAUUAAGAAAAAAAUGGAACUAAUUGUUGUUUUUGUGAAGGAGAGACUCACCACAAACAUAAAUGUAAAUACAUGAAGAGAAAACCAAUCAAUGCAUAACAUUGUUAAUACAUACAUUCCUUAGAAAACUAUACAUAAUUGUAGUCAUGCACCAAUGCAACCGAGCACUACACAAUAAUAAUAAUUAACUACGAUUACUAUUAAUUAUAAAGUACGAUUAGUAAUAAACUAUGUAAGACCAUGAGCUGAAGUAGAGCAACAAAAAUAAUAUGGUUGUUAGAUGAAAGCAAGCAUUCCAGUAGGUUGGUGAAAAUAUUAGAAUUUAAGAAGUUUUAGAUUUUGCAAAUGGAUUUGUCGCUGAAAUGUUUGCGAUUCAAAAAUAAUGCAAGCUAAACGUGAAGCUGACCUCAACUUUUGAAUUUUCUCGUGUAGAAAUCGUUUGUGUGUGUGCGUACGUGUGUGUGCGGAUCUAUUUUAGUUGAAUGAUUAAUUAUUUUCAUUUUUAAACAAUAAUUGUUUCCAUUUAUAUUAUGUUCUGUUUCUUCUGUUACCUUACUUAUUUUCUUAUAGUU